GUUAUUCCAACGCUUUGAAGCGCGUACUAGUUGACCCGGAAGUAGCCCUAUACACGCGUGAAUCGUUACAGACACGAAGGCAACCGGUGGAGACGAGCGGGACACGGCCUGAGAAAACGUUUUUUUAUAAAUCAGUCGCCAUGAGUCUGUUAACAAAGCCCAAGUCAGAGAUGACUCCCGAGGAGCUCCAGAAACGAGAGGAGGAGGAGUUCAACACUGGCCCCCUGUCUGUGCUCACCCAGUCAGUCAAAAACAACACACAGGUCCUCAUUAACUGCCGCAACAACAAGAAGCUGCUCGGAAGAGUCAAGGCUUUUGACAGGCACUGCAACAUGGUCUUGGAGAAUGUGAAGGAGAUGUGGACAGAAGUUCCCAAGAGCGGGAAGGGAAAGAAGAAGUCUAAGCCCGUGAAUAAGGACCGCUAUAUUUCUAAAAUGUUCCUCAGGGGCGACUCUGUCAUUGUCGUGCUGAGAAAUCCUCUGAUCACAGGCAAAUGAACUGCUAAUAGACGCCUAGCUGAACCCUUUUUCUUAUGUUUUCUUGAUUUGAAAGAUCUGUAGGCAGGGGACUGUCAUUAAUGUAAGCGUUUUUGUUUUUUAUUUUUAGUUGUUGGAUCACUAAUUUCACUGUUGAGACAGAAAUAUGUCAACAAAAUGAUGUUCUUACUAUUUAGAGAGUCAAUUAGGCGCAAUAAUGCCUGAUUUUGCUUUGUCUACAAAAGUCUUCUGUCUUUUUCAUUUUAAUAAUAAAACUGUUGAAUAGAUUCAA